UUGGGGGAAAACGAAAAUCUCCGCUAAAUUGGAGGAGAAAGGAGGAAGUGGAACGAAGGUAUUGUUGCUUUUGGGCUCCGAAAAGAAAUUACUGUUCUUUUUCUUUUAUUUUUUUCGUUUAUUUUAAUUUUUUUUUCUGUGGGAGUUGGACGGAACGAUUGAAGAUUUUUCCGAUUUUCUGUAAAUAUCUUCGGAUCUGAAGUAGGUUUUCUGGGCUAUAAGGGGAGAAAAAGAGUGGGUUCAUCGGGAUUGGAAUCGAUUUUCUGGUUUGGGUUUUGUUUGGAGCGUUUGAUGAGCAGAUUCUGACGCCAUGAGGAAGAAGCUCGAUACCCGUUUCCCUGCUUCUCGGAUCAAAAAGAUAAUGCAAGCAGAUGAAGAUGUUGGAAAGAUUGCAAUGGCUGUGCCUCUUCUAGUUUCUAAAGCAUUGGAGCUAUUUCUGCAAGAUCUUUGUGACCGGACAUACGACAUAACCCUUCGAAGAGGAGCAAAGACCAUGAGUGCUUUACAUUUAAAACAGUGUGUGCAGAGCUUUAAUGUGUUCGAUUUUCUGAGGGAAAUUGUUAGCAAAGUUCCAGAUUUAGGUGGUUCUGAUGCUGCUGGUGAGGACAGAACUGUUGCCAAGAGAAGGAAAGCUGCAGAUGAUGAAGAUGAUAGUGAUGAGGAGUUAAAGAGGAGCAGGACGCACGAGACAGUCCAUGGCAGCACUGGUGGAAGAGGAAGGGGGAGAGGCAGAGGAAGAGGCCGUGGGAGAAGUAGCCGAUUGAUAGAGAGGGAGAGUGCUCAUUAUGAGAAGUGUGAAGAUGAUCCAGACAUUUCUCCUCAACACAAUGAUAAGCAGCAUCCUAACCCUGAAAGGCUGGAUAAUGGAACUGAGGCUAAAGAAUCAAAGGAGAUCAUGGCAGUUGGUAGUAGUAGUAGUAGUAGCACCAAUGCUGUGGUGCGGAACUUUGACUUAAAUGUAAACUUGGAUGAUAAUGGAGACACGACAGCCAUAGCAACAGCAGCCCCUGCCUCUUCAUCAGUGGAGCCUCCUGAGAUGAAACAUGAAGAAUAUCCUGGCUGGUCCCUGUCAGACAUGGACAAGAUGGCUAUUGAUCCUCUUCAGCUUGCCCAACUAAAUAGAAGGUUAGACGAGGAUGAAGAAGAUUAUGAUGAAGAAGGAUAAACUGACAGGGGCUAAACUGCUUGUGGGUUCUCCACCUGCAGAGGUAGAAAUAACUCCAUGUUCUGAUACUUUGAAUAGAUGGUAAUAUGCUCUUUCUUGUCGAGACAUUGUUAGGCAGCUUAGGGAAACUAAGAAGGAAAGAAAAACACGUGCACAUGUAAGACAAAAUGUGCUUGACCUCUAGAAAUGCUGAAUUUUUGGCCUUUCUGGGCGCUGUAAUAUAUGUAGCUAUUACUCAUGCACUAACAAGAACAGUUUUAGACAUGCCCCUUGGCAGUUUAGAAUACUCAAUUUGUGUGCUCUGAUAAUUAAUGGAUGGCCGGAGAAUAUUCGUGAAUCAGAGUGAAAUUGGUUGUAUUACUAUUAAUUUUUUUCUCCAUAGGUUUUUUUUUUUCUUUUUUUCUGAACAAGUUUGCAAUCUCUGCUGCGUCAGUUAACUGUUCUUCAGAUAGUAUCUUGAAGUUGUAUUUCAUUAAUUUCUUUUGGUUUA